AUGGCCCAGCAGCAGACGUUCGCGAGGUUACCACCUUCAGGCAUCAAGGUCAUCAUCGUGGGCGCCGGCUUUGCAGGUCUCUGUGCCGCCAUCGAAUGUGACCGCAAAGGCCACAGCGUUGUUCUCCUGGAGAAGGUGGCAGAUUUGAAGCCGCUGGGCGAUAUCAUCAGCUUCGCAGCCAACUCGGGCCGCAUAUUCGAGCGAUGGGAGGGCGUCGUGGAGGCGCUCGAGCCCAUCAUCCACAAGUCGGAAGGCUUGAAUUUUCAUUCUUGGGAGGGCGAGUUCAUGACGAGGCAGAUUUGGGAUCCAGAGGCCAAGUAUGGGAGGAAGAUCAACGGUCAUCGCGCAGAGAUUCACGAGGCCGUCUACCUCCAUGCCAAGGCGAGAGGCAUCGACAUCAGGUUGGACCAGAAUGUCACCGACUACUUUGAAAAUGACGACCAUGCCGGCGUCGUCUCCAACGGUGAGACGUUGACGGCCGACUGCGUUGUCGCUGCCGAGGGCGUCAAGAGCAAAGGUCGGAAGAUCGUACUGGGAUACGAAGACCGGCCAAAAGCUUCCGGCUAUGCUGUAUUCCGUGCAUGGAUGAAGACCGACGAGCUUGCGAAAUCCCCCAGCACCAAAUGGUUCUGCCACGGAGACACCCACAACGGCUGGAUGGGCGAAGACAAGCACUUCCUCGUCGCCUCGAUCAAAAACGGCACCGAGCUAUCAUGGGUCCUGACGCACAAAGACGACGGCGACAUCGACGAAGACUGGUCCUUCCCCGGCCAGAUCGACGACGUCCUCAAGUGCAUCGACUCCUGGGACCCCGUGCUGAAGGAGCUCGUCAAGGCCACCCCACCGGACCGCCUGCACGACUACAAGCUCGUCUUCCGCGACCCCCUGCCAACCUUCAUCUCCCCCAAAGCACGCAUCGCGCUGAUCGGGGACGCGGCUCACCCCUUCCUGCCGACCUCGAUCCAGGGCGCCAGCCAGUCCAUGGAAGACGGCGUUGCGCUGGCCAUCACGCUGGAGAAGAGCGGCAGAGACAAUGUCCAGCAGGGCAUCAGAGCGUACGAAGCGGUGAGGUACGAGCGCGUCCACCGUGCCCAGAUGACCGGUGUCACCACGCGGGAGCAGUGGCAUAAAGCCGACUGGACCAAAAUACGCGCCGACCCCAAAUCGUUGCACUUGCGACGUGAGCCCUGGCUGCUGGAUUUUGACCAGGAGUCUCACACCUACGCCGUCUUCGACGAGACGGUCGCGAAGCUCAAGGAGAAGGAGAAGGAGGAUGUUGCGGCGGCAGCCCCCGUGGCCGUGGAGGACGCGGGGUCGGAGAAAGUCACUGCGGCGCCGCGCGUGAUGGCUACAGAGCUGCUGGGUGUUAGUCAGGCGUAG